AACCGGAAGUGGAUUUUUCCGACUGAAGAAGAAAGUAUAGUAAGUGUCUGGACAUUAUUGCGGAAGUUAUUCUGAAGUUCGUUUCGCAGCAGAAAAAAAGCAAGAAGUUGUCAAAGAUUUUUUUAUUUUCCCGCGAACAGGAAAAAAAAACUGAACGCUCCAUCAUGGCAACGACUGAAGUUUACUCCUCGACGACGGCUCCGAACCCUAAAUCCUCCUGUUUCAUGGUUCCGUCAGAACAUCUGGAUAAAAUCCGGUUCCUGAUCAAAGUCUUGGAAGUGCUCCUCUCCCUCGUGGCCUUCAUCCAGGAGGAAGUGGUCAACAGCUGCAGGAGCUGCACCGCGCUCUACUUCUUCGAGUUCGUCAGCUGCACGGCCUUCCUCUUCACCCUGCUGCUCCUCAUCCUCCUCUCCACCAACCUGCACACGAGGGUCGGCAUCACCUGCUGGCCUGUCCUGGACUUUUUCUACACUGGUAUCAUCGCUCUGUUGUUCUUGAUCGCCUCCAUCGUUUUUGCUUCAAACAACGGCGACACGAGUCUGGAGAAAAGUGCUGUGGCGUUUGGCUUCAUGGCGACGUUGGCGUUUGCCGCCGACUUGGGCUUGUUCGUGAAGAACAAUGGGAUUCCCUUUAAGAAAGGCGGGAAGCCGGAGCCCGUUAACGGGGCCCCGGCGUCGGUGGAGGCUCCUUCAGAGACGGAGAAACUCAACACGCAGACCAACGGAGCAGAAUAAGUCUGUUUUCACGGUCAUACGUGUGCAUUCGUACACUGCACUCAGAGGUCAGAUUAUUUUACGCACUAUUCCUUAAACGUGGCGGCAGGGGGGGCGGAGCUUCGGCUACAGACAGCUGACCUGACGUCCGUUUCUAAAGUCAUAUUGUAAUCCUGUUUUUACUCGUCAUUUCCCACAGCCGAGGACGCUCUGCGCUGCGAUUAUCAAUCAGUCAAUAACGAAUCAAUCACAGCUCAGAGCGUCUGUCAGCAGAAACCAGCAGCUGUUCUGUCCUUGAUUUUAAAUUUCCAGAUGUUUUUUAAAAGACUUAAAGACAUUUUGUAACAAAGAGCAGAGACACUAAAACCAUCAAACCACUAAAUAUUCUGCUUUAAAGUUUAUUUUUUAAGAUUUUAAGCGAUACAGUGAAUUAGAGCUGGACAACAUAUGGAUUUAUUGUAGCUGAUCUGUUUUUCAAUAUCAUGAAAUUUAUUAACACAAAAAUCAAUACUGUGUCAUAAACUCCAAACAGAUUUUUAAUCCCUGAUUAUUUUUGCUGCAGGUCAAAAAUGAAACAAUAUCAAAAAGAAAAAUCACUGGUUAUAAGCGGUAAUAAUGAACAUUAAUGAUGUUCUUGUCAUUUGUUUUUGUGUGACGGCCCUGAACGCCUCACGACCGCUCAGAUCUAAAAACCAGAAGAUGUUGAAGUUUGUGACGAGACGAAGGAACCGAACUCAACAAAGGAAAUCUUUAAUCUGCAGACGUCGAUUUUUGAUAUAAAAACAGUUUUUUUAAACACAGAAAACUCUGCAGACAGCAGCAACAGGACAUAUCUGAGCAGAUGAGUUGAUCAGGUUUAUUUCAGGUUAUUGUGAUGAUGUAAAGUGUCCAGCAGGUGGAGCUGUUGACUCAUGUUAUUCAUUUCUGUUGAGCUCAAUUUAAAUUCUGUGCAGAGACAUUUUUUUCUGCCAACCUGGGCCUCGUUUCCUGAUAAUGAUUGAUUACUUCAGAGCUGAAGAUGAUGAUAAAUACAGCUGAUAGUAACUUUGCAUAUUUAACUGUCUGUAUAUAAAAAAUACUCACAUUACAAAGAGUGUUACAAACUGCAAAAUCAUGUUUUCCUCUUGAAACGAAGCAGUAAACAGUGUUUAACAGUCAUGUUGCUGCUGGAGGACGACGUUACUCUGAAGAUCAGAUUAAAUUGAAAUGAAGCAGAUGAACUUCCUGUAACUUUCAUUAAUAUUCUUCAGUCAUUCCUGUAUUAAGAGCUGCUGAAUGUAAGCGUGUGGAAAACAACAUACGAGCCAUAAAUAAAAAAAGAAAAGAGACGAUAACCAUGAAAAUAUACCAUCAGGGAGGUGUCAUUACUGCCAGAGGAGAUGAAGAUAUGAUGAUGAAGAGGGAGAAGAGAUGACGACACAAACUGACAGAUGAGUUGUUGAAUUAAUUUUUGCGUGUUGGUUUAAUUUUAUUUCUAAUCUAAACGUCAUCGUGACUCAUUUCACAUCAAACGUCAGUGUUCAUGAUAAAAGUAGAGACUCAAAAAUGAUGAAAACUUCAGUAAAACAUGUUUCUGGUUCCUCCUGCAGCUUCUUAAGAUGCUUUCAGCCGAGUCUCUCGUUAAUCAUUUCUAAGAGCUUUCAGUUACGAUGCUUUUGGGAAACGAGGUCCAGAUCACUGCUGUCACACUAUUAAGAUAUUUUCCUUGUAGUUGUUUUAAAAGCAGUUUGUUUAAAAUAAACAAUCACGGAUGAGAAGAAUUAUUAAAAAAACGUGCGUCCAGAUGUUGAGUCUCUUCUGCUGCAAACAGCCCGAAGCAUGAAAUGAGUUUUUCUUUGUUGAGUGUCGGAGUUCCUUCAGACCCACAUCAACACAUCAACACACAGCUGCGCAAACUUUCCCAUGAUCCUUUGCCAGAAGCACCUUGUUGACCCUGAUGAGGUAGAUAAAAAUGGACGACCUGAAAUAUUUCAUUCAUCUGAAACAUCUGUCAGACCUUAAAUAAUAAUCGGUUGGAGAUGUGCCUUUGUUUCUAAUUUCACCUGUUUCAUACGUAUAUUUACGCUGAAAUGUGUAUUUUUAUAUUGUUUUAUAUUCUGAAACUUUUGUGAUUGUGAAAAUUAUUAAGAGAAAGAUUUUUUUUUAGUUUUGUGGUUUUUGUCUUCACACCAAACUUUUCCACUGAUUUUAACUCUCGUCUUAAUCACUUUGUAUGUUUUUAAAUUUAGUGUUUAAUGAAGGAAAUGAUUGUGAUUUUAUGAGGAAACAGCCUGAUUGUGUUUCUGAUCUUUUCUUCACAUCAGUCUAAUCAGGUUUUAAACUCUUAUUACUCCUAAAACUUUAAAGGAAUUUUGUGGGCAAAAAUUUUAUUUUGUUUUGCUUAUUAGUCCAAAUUAAACAGAAUUUAUUUUUAUUCAAACUUCCUUUUGAGAUUUGUUUUGUUCAGGAUGUUCUGAUAUUAUUCUUGAUUUUUAUCAAAUUAAAAUUUAAUGUAACUUGAUUGAAUUACAUUAUUUUUCCAGCACCAAUAAGUUGCAGCAUUUGGGUGAAAUAUUCCUUUAAUAUUUUGGGUGUAGAGACGCGCCAAACAUCUGAGAAGUUAAAACUCUUGUCAGCACAGUGAAACAUUUUAAAAAGAUGGUUUAUAUUUUAACUUUUAUGCCCAGAAAACGAAGCGGACUGCAAGUUAAAAACAAAUACAAUUAGUCACCGUUUGUUCUUUAUAUUCGUGUAAUUUUUCCAAAUGUUUGAAGUAUUUUAUUCUCUACAUUCCUUCCCUCAGUGAUUAUCUAUUUCCUCAAAUCAAAAUUUAAGUCUUUAUCAACAACGCUGCUGCAAAAAAAAAUGACAUCAAAUAGCAGAAAUAAACUAAAACAACCACAUGUGACCAAGUAAAAGUGCCUGAAGCAAGCAAGUCAGAAUCAUGAGUUGUACAAUAUGACGCCGGAAUAAUGUAUGUUUUGAUGUUUUUUGCCAGUAAAGGACUUCCGUACAGAAAGGCCCUGGGUUGUUAGGAUUAAAACAGAAAGACAGAAAAAAGACGACACAAACAAACCGUCAGAUUUCUUUUUAUGGACGAGGAAAUCUGAGAUUUGUAAUUAAUUUUCUUUUGUGUCUGCUGCUGUUUGUAUGUAUGGCGUAUGGAAGAUUUAAAAUGCCUAAAUUAAAACAACAAAAACAAAGAAAUAAAAUGAAAAACAAUGUUUCAAAAUGAAAUGAAAAGCCUGUUUAAAGGACAUUUAUUGAACUUUUUGUCUUUAAUAACUGAAGUGCUUUUUAUUGUCACAUUACUUUUCCAUUUCUCUGUGAAGUACUUUGUAAUUAUUCUUUUGAAAAAUGCUUUAAAACGGUUAUUACAGUGAUUAUUUUUCAUGCCACAUCAAUCAAAUCAAUCAAAUAAGAGAAAACAAAGUGAGGAGUUGUUGAAAAAACAAUUAAUUCAGUUACUAAAGACAAAAAGUUUAAUAAGGUUCCCCUUUAAAAUGUUUUUAAUUAAUAGUAACACAGCAAAUGCAAACAUAAAAACAGUGUGUAAGUGUGUGUUUUAAUUUAGGUAUUUGAAUUUAAAUCUUCCAUAUGUGAGUUUUGUACAUUUAUAAUAGUGGGAACGACAUUUUGACAAUCAUACAAUAAAAAUGUUAAUAAUUAAUCACUGAAUACACUGGAAAACUAAGUGGAAAUCUUUUUAAAAAUAAGAAAUAUUUUCUUAUGUUGACGUCAGUGAGACAAUCCAGGAGUCUGUCUUUAUUUCAGCAUGAUUAACAUUCAUGUUCAGGACCAAGACGAGGUUAUUUUUGAGGAAAAAUGUUUCUGUAAUAUAUAUAUUCCAUGAUGCUCUUCUGUUCGGUGACUGUAAAAUUAAAUAGUUUUCCAUCCAUAUCUGAGCACCACAGAAUACUGUCUGCAGAUACAGUGAAGAUCUCACUUUGCCUUUAAUGACUGUUGCAGUUUCAUAUCUGUAAUAAUUGUAUUAUUCUGUCAUGUAAUAAAAAGAUUUUCAAGAAA